GACGUUUCCUCGGACCUUCGGUUGUUAUUGUUGUUAAUAAUAACAGGCGGGGCUGUUAAUUUCAUUUAUUCAGUUUAUUCAAACAGGUAGUCUACACCAAAACAUGACUUGAAAACACAGUACGAAUUCCAAGCCCGACACGGUUUAUAUGUAUCCAUUCUGUGAUCCAUUCUACAAUAUUUAAGUCAGGGCUAAGGAUCCAGUCUGGAACGAUUUCAUUUAAAAGAUCCGUUCUCUCUGGUACAACCUUUUUACCCGUGCACACUGCGACACGGCCAAGGAAGACACCUACUUUUAAGCAAGAUUACUAGUAUAACAUAAUACUAGUGACCAGUUAUGGACAGAUCACGGGGAAAAGGAAAAGCGAGCAGCAGAUCCGGCGGUGCGUCUAGAGGUGCGAGCAGAAGUGAUGCCAGCAGCAGCAGAGCUGUUGUGCCACGAGGUAGACAGGACAUGGUCGUUACCGGUUCAUCCAGUGGAGGUGCCAGAGGUAGAGGGGGAGAAGUUAUGCUGGCUCCGAAAGGCUACACAAUGAGACCAAUCAUUCCAGCUGAAAAGAAAGAAUUAGUAUCGGUUGCUAGGGCAAUGCAUAGAGAAAAAUUUGGUCCAAGAGUUCAGGAAUUAUUCAAUCCUGAAACUGAAGCAGCUGUGGAGGCCAUCAAAUCAGGUGUCUACAUUGGAUGGCGUUGUCCAGAAUUUAAAUGGGACUGCAUACGUGUGGGCAGAGAUUCAAGAUGUUUCUGUGGGCAUUUAUUGUUAGAACAUGCACCAUACAAUGGGCGCAGUACCAGAGUUCCAUGCACGCAGGGUGGUUGUUUAUGUAAAGCGUUUGCCUUCGUACCAGGAAGACCGGAAGAUAUAGGAGAGUUUUGGCACCAGAAAAGACGAGGAUUUGACCGUAGUGCAUGGCGUGCAAAAUGCCGAUGUAAACAUACGCAUGAAGAACAUGAUCCAAAUGGAAUGAGGCGAUGCAAGGCUGGAGGGUGUAGAUGCAGUGUCUUUGAUUCUCCUUUUGUAUGUGCAGCAUGUGAUAGACAUUACGAGGAUCAUGAAACAGUGUUUGAAACUGAAGAUGAACGUCAUAGAAAUGGAAUCCCAUAUGGUGAAGACUAUCUACCGUUUGCCGAGAUGCCAGAAUUACGUAAUAUGGCUUUGACAGGACACGAUGAUAAUCCUGGUAUUUACAGUGCAUUAGUAGAAGGGGAAGGCAGCAUACCUAGAAAUCAGCGAGCCAUCACCCAGGAUACACCGUACCGACCUGCGCCAUCUGGAUCAUCAUUCAAACCUUCAUAUGACUGAAUAUGUCAUCCAUAUGAAAGUAUAAUAUGGUAUCACCUCUCUUUUUCACCCAAUCAAGUAGUAUGUCUUUUUUUGGAUUAAUUUAUAUUAGGUGUUCCACAACAAAACCUGUAUGAAUAAUAGUACGCUCAUCCAAUGUUCUGGGAGAAAUUCACUGCAUAUGAACUCAAGUUCCAUAUUACAUUUCAAAGGAAUAUUGAGUAGAAUACAAAAACACAGAGUACACUUACAAAUUUGUGCUUGUUUUUUGUAAACUAUUGUCAUGAUACACAAUAAAGAAGUGGAAAACAAGUAUUAUGCAGAUUAGCUAAUUAAUAUGCAAAGAAUUAUCAGUAAUCCAACUACAGAAAUAGUAUGUGUGCACCAACCAAGUUUCCAUCCAUUUGAAGAAACGUUUCGGAUAUAAACAAAUUACAGUAGUUACUUAGUAUGCUAAUGUUUGAAAAUUACUGAUUCUCGUAUGCCUGAGACAUGUACAGUAUAUGCAUGUACUCAAUUUCAGGUAAAUUACUUACAGAAUAAAUUCCAAGGCUAAUUAGCUAAUUAAUAUGAAUAAAUUAAUUAGAAUUUACCAAGUUUCAACAUACUUGUGAAAAUAAUUGUGAAUGUACACAAAAAAACAUAAAAAUUUGUUUAUUAUUCAAAUUACCAUGCAUAUAUUUGUACCAAUAUCUAAUCAGAUCUUAAGUUCUCCAUAAAGUAUCUAUUUUCUAAAUUGCAUUCCAAUCCAUCCUUGGGUUCUUGACAGUGGCGGAUCCAGAGGGGGGGCCAAGGGGACCAUGGCCCCCUCCAAACGCAUGAAAAUGCAUCUGGAUUACGCAUAGCAUCGUCCGAAUCGCACGGUCCCGUGUAUUCGACCUAUAGGCCUGGACCCCCCCCCAAUACAUUUUGCUGGAUCCGCCCCUAAUUCUUGAGAUAUUGAUGGAAUAAUAUUUGACACAGAGACACAGACAUUACCUCAGAUUUGUGCUUUUCACCCAGAGCCAAAAAUACAUGGUGAAUAGGCCUCUUUGGUAAACCAAUACCAAUUAUCCUGUGUAGUCAUAAUUAUUUUCACAAUCUCCUGAUCUACGAUUCAUUGAGCCAAAUUUGGAUGAAGUGUCAUUAUAAGCCUUUUUGUUGAUAUUUACAAUACUGUGAUGAAACAGAAUGCUGUCUGUAUAAUUUCAUUCAAUUGGUUGUAUUUGAAUUUGUGUAAAUAAACAAUAGAUUUCACCCA